AUGAAGACGAGAGGCAAAAUUCAAGAGCAGCACUCGUCUCUUUUUUCAUCACUUAUUAUUAUGAUUAUUGUGGGUAUAGGUGUAAUUAGGAGAUGCAAUGGCGAAGGGUAUUUGAUUGGAGUGGGAAGCUAUGACAUGACUGGGCCAGCAGCCGGGGUGAACAUGAUGGGUUAUGCCAACAUGGACCAGUCGACUGCCGGUGUACAUUUCCGACUCAGGGCAAGGACUUUCAUCGUCGCCGAGAGUUCCCAAGGUCCAAGGUUUGCCUUUGUUAAUCUUGACGCCGGGAUGGCUUCACAACUCGUUAACAUUAAAGUGCUGGACAAACUCAAAUCAAGGUUCGGAGAUUUGUAUACGGAAGAAAAUGUGGCGAUUAGUGGGAUUCACACUCACGCUGGACCAGGGGGUUAUCUGCAGUAUCUGGUUUACUCUAUAACAUCUUUGGGGUUUGUCCAACAAUCCUUCGAUGCCAUUGUGAAUGCAAUUGAGCAGAGCAUUGUUCAGGCUCAUCACAACCUCAAGCCUGCUUCUGUUUUCAUCAACGAAGGGGAUGUGGUAAACGCGGGAAUAAACAGGAGCCCAAGUGCUUAUCUGCUAAACCCGGCGGAGGAGAGAGCCAGGUAUCCAAGCAACGUUGACACCCUCAUGACUCUGUUGAAGUUUGUGGAUGAUGCAAGCGGGAAGAGCGUUGGAGCUUUCAGCUGGUUUGCCACACACGGAACCUCCAUGAGCAAAAACAACCUCCUCAUCAGUGGAGACAACAAAGGUGCCGCUGCUCGAUUCUUCGAGGACUGGUUCUCCUCCUCUUCCUCCUCGUCUACCACAUCAGCUGUGUAUCCAUUAAUUAAUGCAGAUAGUAGCGCGUCACUAUUAUCACUAAUAAAGAAGGCGCAAAGCAUGAAAGCCACAGGAGGAAAGCUCUGCGGUAAAACAAGCAGCCGAGAGUCUAAGGUGAGGAAGAACAACGGGUCGCUGUUCGUGGGAGCUUUUUGCCAAUCAAAUGUUGGGGAUGUGACCCCAAAUGUGCUUGGAGCUUUUUGCACCGAUUCUGGAAGACCCUGCGACUUCAAUCACUCCUCCUGUCAUGGGAACGACCUGCUUUGCCUGGGCCGUGGACCUGGCUACCCAGAUGAAAUACUCAGCACCAAAAUUAUAGGGGAGAGACAAUUUCAAAAGGCUGCUCAUCUAUUCACGACGGCUACACAGCAACUCACCGGGACUAUUGACUAUCGCCACGUGUACCUCAACUUCACCGAUAUUGAGGUUGAAUUAUUAGAUGGAAACAAGAAAGUUAAGACAUGCCCCGCUGCGCUCGGUCCUGGUUUUGCCGCCGGGACUACAGAUGGACCCGGUGCCUUCGGCUUCCAGCAAGGCGAUACAAAGAUCAAUAAGUUGUGGAGAAAACUGAGGGAUGCUUUAAAAAAACCUACCCCAUAUCAAGUCGACUGCCAAAAGCCCAAGACAGUUCUGCUCGACACUGGCGAAAUGUUUGUACCUUAUGCAUGGGCGCCUGCAAUCCUUCCUAUUCAAAUGCUCAGGUUGGGGAAGCUGAUCAUACUUUCUGUCCCAGGAGAAUUCACCACAAUGGCGGGCAGGCGGCUAAGGGAAGCAGUCAAGGAGACAUUGAUAAGCAACAGCAAUGGUGAAUUUGAUGACGAAACCCACAUUGUAAUAGCAGGCCUCACAAAUACUUAUUCCCAAUACAUUGCAACUUUUGAGGAAUACGCGCAACAGAGAUAUGAGGCUGCUUCCACUCUCUAUGGUCCUCACACGUUAUCAGCAUACAUCCAAGAAUUUGAGAAAUUAGCCAAAGCAAUGGCAAAGGGAGAAAAAAUCACUAAAGGUCCCUCACCACCAGAUCUUUCCUCUGUGCAACUCAGACUUUUACUUGAACCUACUGGAGACUUACCUCCCCCGCAUACAAACUUUGGAGAUAUGAAACAAGAUAUCAUUUUACCAAAAAGUGGCUCAUUCAAAAAGGGAGAUAGACCAAUUGCCACAUUUUGGAGUGCAAAUCCAAGAUAUGACCUAUUGACAGAAGGCACAUUUGCAGUGGUAGAGCUGCUUCAAGGAAAACAUUGGGUUCCGGUUUACGAUGAUGAUGAUUUCUGCCUGUUUUUCAAGUGGAAAGUAGACAACAGUACCUUAUAUGGCACAGCAACCAUAGAAUGGGAAAUACCAAGGGAUGCAGUUUCGGGGGUGUACAGGCUAAGGCAUUUUGGUUCAUCAAAGAAAACCAAGGACUCCCCCAAUAUCUACUUCACUGGCGCAUCUAGUGGAUUUGCAGUGUCCUAA